UUUCUUAUUCAUAUCUUAUUCACACAGGUUUUGAAACUGCUCGAAGAUAAAAAUUCAUAUCAAGUAACAGCGAAGGAAGCCUUACGUAAAGUUUACCAAGAGCGAUGCGACGCUUUGCAAAUGCUCUCGAAAAUGGAAUUGGCGUAUGCCAAUUCCGAUGGCGAAUGUAAAAUUUUGCGCGAUCAAAUUAUGAGUACGAAACAGUCGCUACAGGACGUUAACACACGUUUGCAGCGCCUCGAAACCGAUUACAAUGAAUAUAAAGAGGAAGCCGAACGUAAACAACAGGAGAUUAAAGAACAAGAGGAGCAGCGUAUUGCAGAUAUAUCAGAGAAAUUGCAACAGCGUGAAUUAGAGUGCGACGAUUUGCGUCGCCGUGUGUCUGAAUUCAUGCUACAGCAUGCUGAGUUGGUGGAUGAUGAGGAAAAAAAAUUGCAGUUACAGGCCAUUGAGAAGCUAGAUGCUGUAAUAGGCGACAUGGAUUUGGGAGAGGAUGACGACGAUGAAGACGAGAACGAGAACGAAGCGAAAGGGGACGAGGGUGAUAUUAAAAGUAAGGAAGAUGGCAACGAAAAAGAAUGUGCCAAAAAUUAUUUGCAUCAGCCGAGAGUCACAAAAAGUUUAGAUGCAAUGAAUGGAGUGGACACGAAAAUCCUGAUUAGCAGCGCCGAAAAAGAGGUUUUAAACACUUCAUCUCAAUCGGAUGUUGCCCUAAAGAAAAUCAAGCAAAAAGGUAACGCUAAGGAAUCGACGAUUCUCAAAUGGCUGCAAAAUUCCGAUCUGAAUCAAAAGGAAGGUUCCUUCGACAUUUUCAAAGCCAUUUGUAAUGAGUCUGAUUCGAGCGAUGAACAUGAUCUUCCAGUGAAUGAAAAUGAUGCCGUGAACGUUGACAGUGAAAGCGGUAUUGAUACGAAUACUACCUCACUCGAGGAGAUUAAGCUAAAAUACAAGAAAUCCAAAAAUAAAUUGCAAAGCGUACAAGCUAUACUAUGUCAAUUGGUAGAAGCAGAAAUGGCGAAAGAGUGCUAUAAAUCAACAGGUGCUGAUGUAACUGAGCACAUCGAUGCAGAAAAUGAAAAUGAGGCUUUAAAAUUGUCACGAAAAGAGGACGAAUGCACUUCGAAAAAUGAUGAGCAGAGGUUGGCUUUGCUAAAAUCCAGUGUAGCGAUUCUUAAUGAGGCGUACAAAGAACUCUGCGAUAGCCUUACUGAGCAAGAGCUACACAAAUCAUUAGCAGCGGACAUAAAAGAGAUAUCACCGCCACCGACAAUAACUGUACAAACACAAUUGCAAAACAAUGCGCCAUCUAAAACAGGUGGCAGUGCCACAAGCAAACUGCUCUCACAGGAUACCCUGAAGCCGCUUACAGAGGCUGUUGAGGAUGAAGCGGCAUUAUACGACUUGGAUGAGAAUAAUCUGUCAACGGCAAAGGCAUCAAAAAAUGAUGAAUGCACCACUACAGUGACCACACCUUCGACAAUCGUUUCACCAGGCGAUGUAGCGGAUAGAGAAAUGAGUAUAAGCGAUGAAGUGCGCGCAUAUCAGGAUCAAAUAAAAGAGCUUAAUCUAAAGCUUGAACAAGUGGAGAGUGAUGCACAAAAUACGCUAGAGAUAAUGCAAAUUGAAUGUGACACUUUCAAGGAGAAGGUAACUCAAUUGUCCAAAGUAGUUCAAAAAGCGUGCGAAGAGAAAAAGGAACUUGAAAGGUUGCUUGAUGAGCGGACCAGUAUGGAGAAAACAGUUAUGCCGGCAGAACAAAUUAAUGAUAGAAAUGAACAACAAAUGGAUGCGGUCAUCAAAUUACCACUGAGUGCGCCAUCAUUGCCUUUGGCUAGCGAAACGAAAAAUGAGUUUGAGCUGCAUGAGAGCUUCGAUGAUGAAUUGCUGUCCUCGGAUAACAAAAGUGUUGCUGGUGGCAAAAUGGAUGCCGAUUUCGAAACGCAAUUGCGUGAAGACUUAGCGGCCAUAAAUAGUACUGCACUGCAGCGGGAGGAGGAGCUGAUUGUGUACAAAGAACGACUGGAGAAGACGCAAAACGAUAAUCUGCAGUUACGCAACGACAUAGCGGCACUGCUACUGAAAUCGGGCACACAGGCUCAAACGCAUAUGGUGAAGCAAAUGCUGGCGUACGGCACAGCAGUAUUGGCUAUCAUUGUUUACUUAUUUACAAUGUAUUUCUAAGUGCUGCUGUUUAAUCUAUGUUUAUGUCGUAAGCAAAUCCAAACGAGGAACGGAGAGAUAUAUACAAUACGACGGAGUGGGAGCAUGUGAAAGCUAAAUUAGAUAAAACUAGAACCAAGCGAACGAAUACAGCGAAAAUACAGCGAGAGUUAGCAAAAUAUUGUUAUUAAAAGUUGGUGCACAGUGUAAAUUCAUUCGCUACAAUGGUCACACGAGAUAAAAUGGCUGCCAUGACAUAAGGAUUUAAAGCUUUUUAAAAUCUUAGAG